CAGAUUACAAACUUUACCAGAAGCUGAAAUGGAGGAGAGAUUUGCAAAACCAGGCAUGGGUAUAAUACUGCUUUUCUUGAUAUGCCUAUCUGCAGGUGGCACAGAAGCCGCCGCCAAGUACAAGGACCCAAAUCUGCCCAUUGGGGUUAGAAUCAGAGACUUGAUGAAAAGAAUGAGUCUUGCUGAAAAGUUAGGGCAGAUGACCCAGAUUGAAAGGCAUGUUGCCUCCCCUUCUGUCAUCAAGAAAUACUUCAUUGGGAGUGUUCUGAGUGGUGGAGGGAGUGGACCGGAGCCUAAGGCCUCAGUGGAGGCGUGGGUCAAUAUGGUAAAUGAGAUCCAGAAAGGGGCUCUUUCGACCCGUCUCGGGAUCCCAGUGCUUUAUGGGAUUGACGCAGUUCACGGUCACAACACUGUUUAUGGGGCCACGGUUUUCCCUCAUAAUGUUGGGCUUGGAGGCACAAGAGAUCCAGAACUUGUGAAGCGGAUUGGAGCUGCCACUGCACUUGAAGUCAGAUCCACGGGAAUCCCUUAUGUUUUUGCUCCUUGCAUCGCAGUUUGUAGGGAUCCAAGAUGGGGACGAUGUUACGAAAGCUAUAGUGAGGAUCACAGGAUUGUGCGAAUGAUGACUGAGAUUAUACCUGGUUUACAAGGGGAUCUCCCACCAAACUCCCAUAAAGGCAUUCCUUUUGUUUCUGGAAGGGAAAAAGUUGCGGCGUGUGCCAAACACUUUGUGGGGGAUGGAGGCACGUUCAAGGGCAUUGAUGAGAAUAAUACCAUUAUUAGCGUAGACGAGUUGUUUGACAUUCACAUGCCCGCAUAUAUUGAUUCUGUUAGAAAGGGCGUUUCAACGGUAAUGGUGUCUUACUCUAGCUGGAAUGGCAUGAAGAUGCACGCUAAUCGUGCUCUAAUCACCGGCUUUCUCAAAGACAAACUCAAGUUCAGAGGAUUUGUUAUUUCUGAUUGGGAAGGAAUUGACAAAAUUACCGAUCCACCCCGUGCUAAUUACACUUAUUCCAUUCAAGCUGCAAUUCUGGCAGGGAUUGAUAUGGUUAUGGGUCAGGAGAGUUUGACAGAGUUUUUAGACGUUUUCGCGUCCCUCGUGAGGAAAAAAAUCAUUCCCAUUAGCCGAAUAGACGACGCCGUGAGGAGGAUACUAAGGGUAAAAUUUGUGAUGGGUCUGUUUGAUAACCCGGUGGCGGAUCUCAGCCUGAAGAAUCACUUGGGCAGCCAGGAACAUAGAGAACUCGCAAGAGAAGCCGUUAGAAAGUCGCUUGUUCUCUUGAAGAAUGGGAAAACCACAAACCACCCGUUACUCCCGCUGCCAAAGAAAGCAACAAAGAUUCUCGUGGCAAGGUCUUGGCGGCAAUGACAUCACUAUCGGGACGACAAUUUUAUCGGCCGUGAAAAGAACGGUGGAUCGAUCAACACGUGUCGUCUUCCAAGAGAAUCCAGACACAGAGUUUGUUAGGGCCAACCACUUUGAUUAUGCCAUUGUUGUUGUGGGAGAGCUUCCAUAUGCCGAGAUGUUCGGAGACAGCUCAAAUCUCACAAUACCCGAACCGGGAAUCAGUUCCAUCCACAACGUCUGUGGUGUUGUCCGAUGCGUAGUGGUCAUCAUUUCGGGCCGUCCGGUUGUGAUCGAGCCUUUUGUUAGCAAGAUAGAUGCACUUGUUGCUGCUUGGCUUCCGGGAACCGAAGGCCGAGGCGUUACGGAUCUUUUGUUUGGUGACUUCGGGUUCACGGGCAAGCUCGCCCGGACUUGGUUCAAGUUGGUCGACCAGCUGCCGAUGAACGUGGGCGAUCCACAUUACGACCCGUUGUUCUCUUUCGGGUUUGGUCUGGGGACCAAAGCUGUGUAAAAGGACCUAGAAAAUGUACUUCAUCACAUAUUGGCAUCAUAAUAAUCUUACUGGCUCAAUUUGUUUUUGGUUCAAGGAAUUCAUAAGAUAUUUUUUUCAUGUUUGGAUGAAAAUGAAACAAAAUGGAAGGAAAAGAAAAGGCAGGGAAAAUG